AGAACUGGCACCAAACUGACGCAUCCAUGGGAGGCGGGCAGCAUCUUUAUUUUUCCACAUUACAAUUUGAAGUCAUAUAGGGGAAAAUAUUCACAUUAACGCAAAAAUACACGUUCGGUAUUUCAUCUUUGGGCUUAAAACUCUCCCAGCCCGCCUCAGUAGCACCAUAUCAGUUUUAUAUUUGUAUAUCAUAUCUGUAGCGUCGAGCUGUGGUGAUGGAUGGGGAUGCCAGUAUUCGCGAGUGGAAUCGACCGCUGCAAGUGAUGCUCCAGCAGAAGAAGAUCAAAGCACGUAGGAAAAAGCGCAAGGAGUUGUUCGGGGGACAGAUGUGCUUCAUGGGUCUGCUGCUGCUCGUGGUGUCAGGCUUGUCCAAUUUGGCCGGAAAAUCCGGUAAUCUAGGCAUAUCCAGUCACUCUACUGAGGACAGUGAGAAGUGGGAGAGUCGCCGGCUGCUGCAGGACUUUGACAUUGACAGCAACUACACUGAUGACGUGCAGGUUGGACCCAAUGCCAAAAAGAACUGCACACCACCUGGUAUACACGAGUUCCCUGAUGAUAUUUUCACCAACCAGGAGCGAAUGGAGGGGGCCGUAGCCUUGCACGUUCUGUGUGCCAUGUAUAUGUUUUACGCGCUGGCACUGGUGUGUGAUGACUACUUCGUGCCUUCUCUUGAGAAGGUCUGUGAGCGCCUUCACCUUAGUGAGGAUGUAGCAGGAGCCACGUUCAUGGCAGCAGGCAGUUCAGCUCCUGAGCUUUUCACCUCAGUCAUAGGUGUGUUUAUCACCAAAGGAGAUGUGGGAGUGGGGACAAUCGUGGGUUCUGCUGUCUUCAAUAUUCUCUGCAUCAUCGGAGUGUGUGGCAUCUUUGCUGGACAGGUAGUACGGCUCUCAUGUUGGACAUUAAUGAGAGACUCUGUGUACUACACUAUCUCAGUGGCCACUCUGAUCAUGUUCAUCUAUGAUGAGAAGGUGACAUGGUGGGAAUCGCUCAUCCUAGUACUGAUGUACCUAGUAUACAUUUUAAUUAUGAAUUUUAACUCGCGGGUGGUUCAUUACAUUGAGCGGCGGAAAAAGAACUCUGCAAAUCUGGGUAACGGCACAGCGAGUAACACAGACAUUGACGAUGGGUGUGACGCUACUGUCGUGCUGCUUAAGAAAGCAAAUUUCCACAGGAAACCAUCAGUGCUGAUGGUGGAUGAGCUUCUGUCUGCAUACCCUCAUCAGCUGACCUUCUCUGAGGCUGGAAUGAGAAUCAUGAUCACCAGCCACUUCUCCCCUCGCACACGCCUCACAAUGGCCUCCCGAAUGCUCAUCACAGAGAGGCAGCGCCUGAUAAAUGGUUGUUUCAGUAAUGGGGACUCAGAGGUGACAGUGAAGUUCCCAGGGAAGUGUGGGGUGGAGAAUGGGCUGGCAGGACCGGACCGGGGCCUGAAUGGGCGAAAGGGAGUUCACCAUGAGGAGGACAGUAGAGGGGCUGAAGCUGGCACUGACACAGAAAACGAGAACGAGGACAAUGAGAACGAUGAGGAGGAAGAAGAGGAAGAUGAGAACAAGGGACCCUUCCAUCCAUUACGCUGCCCCGGCGGGUGCUUGGAUAAGCUAAAGUGGCUGCUGGCCUGGCCACUUAGUCUGCUGUUGUUCUUCACCGUACCCAACUGUGCUGUGCCCCGCUGGGAGCGCUGGUAUAUGGUCUCAUUCAUCAACUCCACCCUCUGGAUCGCUUCCUUCUCUUACAUCAUGGUGUGGAUGGUCACAGUGAUUGGUUACACAAUGGGCAUCCCUGAUGUCAUCAUGGGUAUCACUUUCUUGGCUGCUGGCACCAGCGUUCCUGAUUGUUUGGCAAGCCUAAUUGUGGCACGGCAAGGAAUGGGUGACAUGGCAGUGUCCAACUCCAUUGGCAGUAAUGUGUUUGAUAUCCUUAUUGGGCUUGGUCUGCCCUGGACCCUGCAGACUUUGGCAAUAAACUAUGGCUCCACAAUUCACCUGAACAGCAAAGGCCUAAUUUUCUCUGUUGGGUUGCUGCUGGCAUCAGUGUUUCUCACGGUUCUCGGCGUACAUCUGAAUAAGUGGAAAUUAGACAAGCGUUUGGGUUUCAUAUGUUUGCUGAUGUAUGCUGUCUUCCUAUGCUUCUCCAUCCUCAUCGAGUUCAACAUAUUCACCUUUGUCAAUCUGCCCACCUGCCGCGAGGAAUAAGAUCAUUUCUUUUCUUGGCACUCCUUCUUUGACCUUGUGAGGACGACAGCACAAGUCCUCCAUCAAAGGCAGAUCGGUUGUCGUUCUGAAGGAAUAUUUAUUUAUUGAUCUAGUUGUUCCUCUCUUUUUCUUUCUAAUGGGUGCAAUAUGGAUGGAGUCUCUGGGUCUGUGGUAUUUUUUAAGACAGAGAGGAGAAUGGAGCGUUUGCGUGUCCUGUUGAUUGAUAUAGACACUUCCGAAUGGACGGGAAAAAAUGACUACUGCCUGGUUUGAUGUGAAUACUUUUGUUUUUAAAAUAUUUUGCAUAUAACAUAUUUAAAAAAUAUGAUUUACAUUUAUUUUAUGAUGCUGUUUGUUUUAUUAGCUGCUAAUUGACAGAAGAAAAGGCUGGACUUCUUAUAAAUGUUGGUAAAUUUAUAGAUUUAUGAGGAUUCAUUAUGGAAAUUAUUUUGUGCUGAAAGGUACUGGUGACCUAUAGUAAAUACUUGUGAACAAUGCUGAAGUGGCAUACCAGGCAAAUGGAGAAUCCUCUAUUUUAUUUGGGCAUUACCCAAGUCACUACUUUCAACCUUCAUAUCACAGAGGAGAAUAUUUUUACUUUGUGGAAGAGGGAAUAAAGGUGACAAAGUUUGUAAUAGAUCAUAUCAGAUCAACUUUCAGUCAAAGAGCUUUGCACCACUUUGUCCCGAUUUAGGAAUUGUCACUUUUAGGGAGAAAAUGGGCAUUUGUUUGCACCUGUGUGGAUGCUACGACAUACUACCAACAGCAACAUAUUUAUGUUAAUUAUUCUUGUGUGAAAUAGGGGGUUUCAA